AAUCUUAUCGGAUCCGGUCUCGGAUCCGCUAACAGAGCAUCAGCGAAGCAGCGUCGUCUCCGCCCUUAAACCCUAGCAAAGCCUCGCCUGAUUCCUUGGAGCUCUCUCUCCAUCCAUGGCGGAGAAGAAGCGGGAUUCACCUCCAAAGCCUAAGGAGUCCUACCCUCUGUUCUCCCUCUCGAACCAUUAUCAUCAGCUAGGGCUGGGUUUUGGAUCCGGCUCUGGCUUGUUUGCUUCCUCGGCCAAGCCACUUUCGCCUUUGCCUCCACCUGUUGAAGUGCUUUCUUCGGAGGAAUCAUGCCCCAAGACUUCGCAUCCUGAGCCUGUCGUCAUUAAUGUAGAGGUCACGCUGCUCAAGGGGAGAGUGAGCACUUUUGAUGUUUUUGGAGUGGCAAACUCUGACCUUGUUCCUGGAAAAUAUGAAGGUGGGUUGAAGCUAUGGGAAGGCUCUCUUGAUCUUGUCAGGACUCUGUGGACUGAAAUCCAACAAGGCCAGCUAUCAAUCAUAGGGAAACGAGUGUUAGAGCUUGGAUGUGGUCAUGGGCUUCCUGGAAUCUUUACGUGCAUUGAGGGUGCUUCUGCUAUCCAUUUUCAGGACUUCAAUUCUGAGGUCCUAAAAUGUCUGACAAUACCAAAUGUAAAUGUUAAUCUUGACUCAUUUAAAAAGAAGAAUUCAAAUGUGAAAGACAUAAAAACAAGUCAAUCUCCUGAAAUCCGCUUCUUUGCUGGUGACUGGAGUAAUAUGCAUGAUUUACUUUUCCAAAACUGCGAUCAUGAUGGCACAGAGAAAGAUUCAGGAAUGAACUCAACAAGAGGCACAUAUGAUGGUUAUGAUAUUGUUUUAAUGGCAGAAACUGUGUAUGAAUUGUCCUCACUUCCCAAUCUCUACAGUCUGAUUAAGAAGUGCCUAUGCUACCCCCAUGGAGUUGUUUACAUGGCAGGGAAGAAACAUUACUUUGGAGUGGGUGGGGGCACGAGACAGUUCCAACUUUUUGUUGAAGAAGAUGGUGUUAUGGAUGCUUGCUUGAUUGCGGAAGUUGCUGAUGGUUCAUCAAAUGUACGAGAAGUAUGGAAAUUUUCAUUCAAGUGAUAUGUGUCAUAUGACAUAUACUGAAGUAAGGAAAAUUUUCAUUAGGACUUGAGCUCCAGGUUUCCAAAUUUUCACACCUCUUUAAUGGGUUUGCGAGACGUAAUCCGGGGGUGCUCAGGAGGGCAUUAUCACAAGUUAACUAGUGAAGACAAGUCUCCGAGGCCUGGAAUUCGGUGGCUG